AUGCAAAACAACAGUAAGCCAAAGAAGCCCCUUCCAAAAUCCGAAUCAGGCGUUGUCUCUCUGAUGAAACUUCUGCGAACUCAUUCACUGCCUUUUGAGAAAAUUGUCAAGUGCAGAGCUAACCUUACGCCAUCAUUCUCCAAAAUGGAGUGGAAUCAUGCCAUUCAACUUUGGCCUCAGUACAAAGUAAUCACCGAUAUUCCAGAACACAAUCCCAUCGAACCAUACAUCCCAAAAACGUUUGCCGCUGAGGUUUUCCGCGCGAUUGAAAAAGCAGAAGUCGACACGAGUCAAUCGGGUGCUGCUGAUAACGAAGCCAGGGUUGCCGUGUUGAUUCGAGCCAUUCUUGUCGAAAUCAGUAGCUUGUUCAGUGGUGCUGUCAGCAACGAUGCCGAAGGCUACAUCGCAGGCACGGCUUCCAGCCAAGGGCGCAUCGAGUCCAUCUACACCGUAUUGGGAGCUUGUGUCAAUGUCGUUUUGGAAGUCAAAGCUGGAGGGAUUAGAAACAGAAACUUUGCUCAAAUGAUGGCAGAAUUAGAGAGCUGCGAUAUGCUAAAUGUUUCACGUCAACUAAAUCUGAACACUUUACAGGGUGUCCUGUCCUCGCAGACCGAGUGGCAUUUUUGGGCUUACGAUCGAAGAGGCUUCACAGUCUCGGAGGCCAUUGCUCCUUAUCAUCGGGAUGAGAAGCAAGAAAUUAUGAACAGAUUGAAGAUUGUGGCCCGACUGUUUGGCCAAUUUCUGAAGGGCUACUGUCCCGCUCUUCAUGCUUUUAUUCGACGAAGCGAAGGAAAGGGUUUCCAAGAGCAACAGGAACACAGUCCAAGCUAUAACGAGUGGAAGAAAGCCAGCUCUCUUGCGGAAGCAGCCCAAGCAAAGGCUUUCUCCGCAAAAGGGGAACAAGACUUUGCAGUUGUCAGAAGUCUAUUGAACCAAAGCUAUGACGCUCUCCCACAUGACUGCAAACGUCCAUUGCGAUUUCCAACACAAUCAAACAUUAUUGAUGAAUGUAUUGAAGAGCUUCAAUGCAGGAAAACUUGA